UGCAGUCACUGCCGAAUGAGACCGAGUUGCGCCCUUUUCCCGCCAACAAGCGACUCCGUCAAUUUCGAGUCAGUUUCAGCAUCUCCUAUGGCUGCCCUCAGAAACUGAGCGAUGUUCUCUUAGCCCCACAGCUGCUGGCUAAAGUGUCAGAUAAAAACACACCAACACUAAAUCUGGAUGAAAUGAUCACAGGGGCUCGAACCCACUGGGGGACAAUCUGCAAUUUGUUAUAUUUCGAGGUGGAAGUCUAGAGACUUUUAAAGUAACAAGGAUACAAAAGGAGAUCCUGUGCUCUGAAUACAAAAUGCUUACAGUGAGUGAAUAAGGUUUUCGCUUGCAUGUUCUAACAAGCCCUAUAACUCAAGUCAGGAUUUGCACUCGGGGCAGGCACUGUAAAAAGCUGGUGUUGUCCAGCACUCGCUGUCAAUUAACAAUGAUGGGAACCCGGGGGCUCUGAGGGAGCUUGUUUGCUUUCCGAUUUCAGAAGCAGGCUCGCGUUUCCCAUGAUGGAGCGGACCAUGUGGCGUGAAAUCUGCUUUUAGCCAGGUCGCCCUGAUCAGGCUGCACUGCAGAUCCUUGGGCGCUUGUGUUCAACCUUAGAGAGCAUCGCCCCCCACCCCUCCACCCCACUAUCCUGUCAGCUCAACUUUAAAACAAAAUGUUUCCGAAUCUGUCCAUCCCCGGCUGUCGAGAACGAUGCUUCUCUUGAGUCGAAGUUGAUUUAUGAUCCUUCAACAGAGAGGGGGAGAAAGGUGCGCUCGGGGCACGACAGCUGCUUCGUCGCUAUCUCAACUCGGAGAAAGAAAGUCAACGUGUAGACGAGGAAAAGAGGCUUCGGACCCCAACACUGAUGCCGUUCAAAAUGCCUCGGAUGAAUCCUGACCACGCGCUUGGAGAGCCUGGCGCUGUAGCCUGAAUUUUAACGUUGGAGGGGGGGACGGUUAGUUCCGAAACCAAGUUUGGGGAGGAUUCCGAUUAUGGAUGGCAGAGACUUUGGCCUCCACCGUACAGUCCACGUCCCGUCGCCCUUGCUUACCGGCCUGGGUAUGGAGGCUCCCAGGGUGGGCGCUCAGGCCGGCAGAAUCGGCCCGUCCGCCGGCCACAUGAGCUCGGCGCUCGGCACUCACCUGCCGCCGGCCAAGUACCUCUCGUCCCCGGUCUCAGUGCACGGCCAUUCGGGUGAUGCCUACCCCGGUGGCUCAACUCCUUUUCUUGGGGGUUUCGUCGCCAGUGGCCUAGGGACCUCGACUGCACCUCAUGGAACCCCUGCUCCUUUGCCCUCUGACCCUUCCUUCCGUGGACCCACCCCCACAAAUAUCCAGAUGGCACAGCUCUGGGUCGCGCACCCUCCUGAAGGUUACUCGCACCUGUCCAGUGGUCUUUACCCUCCUUAUAUUCCACUUGGGCAUUUGGAACACCCAAGCAGCGGCAGUCCAAUUCUAGCUCAACUCAGCCAGCACAGCCUGUUCGAGUCUCAGAAAGAAGGAUAUUACUUACACAGCCACGCAGGACAAUCAGCCCUUCAUGGUGCUGCGCACCCGCAAACCGCCCUCUCCAGGACAACAUCCAAUCAGGGGUCAGGCUCAAUCCUGAGAGAAAAGGAAAUGUGUCAUCUGCAGAAAAGCACGAAAGAGUCGGAGAGGUAUGCAGCGAAAGACUCAAAAGAGAAAGUAUACAGGACUGAGGUGAACAUAAACAUAGCUAAAAAGGAGAAGUCCAGGGAGGAAUCUCGGCCCAGGAGUGUGGUGGACCUCACACAAGAUGGAAGGACAGAUAAUGAUAGGAGGAUCCACCUUCUCGACAAGGCUGCCAAGGCCAGUGAACAUCACUCUAUGGUUCUUACCAAUCACUCUCCGAACCGGGGAACUGGGAAUGGAGAGCCAAAGUCAAAGAAUCCUCUGCAGACCCUGUCUCUCAGUAAUUGUAACAGUGGCUCCAGCUCCUCACUGAGACUCCCCAGCACUGAACAGGACAGAUGCUCCAAAGACUCUGCCAAGCAUGACGAGAAUAUGCGACCUCUGCUGCACGCCCACACAGAAAAGACGCGCAAGUGUGACACUGUGGUGACCUCGGUUGGCACUUUGCACGUUUCCUGCGGCUGUCCGUCACCCCACUCCUCUCAAACAGCACGGAUGCCGUCUUCGAGCACAUUCCCUCCUCUUCCUGUCCAUUCCAGCAUCUACACAAUCUACCCCACUGCCAGGGAGCCGGGAAAGGAACAUAAAGUUAUUGCACCUACCUUUGUGCCUUCGGUUGGGUUUUAUGAGAACAGAAACGGGCCCAUUCAGAUCGCUUCUCAGGCCAGAGACAAUAAGAGUGACAAGUGUAAAGACAAGGAUAUGAGCAGAGCGGCUAGUGAUAGAGCAGGCAGUUUGCAGUGCCCCUCAGAAAGGACGCUGGUGGACUCCUCCCGGUUAGUGGUGACACAGGACCUGCCUGCACACACCGAGAGUAAGAGGGUAGACAAUGUGCGGGAGGAAGGGUCGGUGAUUAGGUCCAACUCUUCAGCAAUAAAGAGGCCAGUGACCUCCGAGCUGUUGCUGAGCAAGCCAGGCCUCAGUAUUUCGGAAACCAGGGACCUGCAUUCGAGCGGCGCCCCGUCGAAAGACUCGGCGAGGUCAAACUUUGAGGUCGAACACAGAAGCCACGAGCGUGAGCGAGCGCAGAGGGCCGGCUUGAAGGAUUCCCCGAAGGUUUUCAAUGGGGUGGACGUCACCAGGCUGCACUUGGAGCAGUCCCAGCUGAAGCGCUCGUGCACCCCGGAGCCAAAAUGGAAGCCAUUCGAGAUGGCCACCUACGCCACCACUCAGAUGGCGGCGCUGGCCGCCCAGCACGGCCACAGCAGCAGAGCGGAUGAGGAACAGAAGAAAACCUUCCUGGACCCCGUGGGCCUGCAGAGGUCGGCCGUGGCAGGCACGCCCAGCGAGGUCUCGGCCAUGCAGAGCCUCAUCAAGUACAGUGGCAGCUUCGCCAAAGAGACCGCGGGCCGGCCCGGAAGCGGCAAGAAGAGCCCAUUCGGUGGACUCGGCAAUGUGAAGACGGACUCCGGUCUGCACGGCACGCCAAAGCUGCAGCACCUACCCAUUCAGCAGCUCAGCAAACAGCUGAAGAAAGAUCCAGAGAGGCCAGAGAGCGCCAAAUCAAUGCAGGGCGAGGUGGAGGUGAGGCAUCCACCUGUGGGCAUUGCGGUGGCAGUGGCCAGGCAGAAAGACAACAGCAGCAAACCGGGAGCUGGCGUGAUUGACAGGGAUCGCUCGCUGUCUAUGAACAACAUGAAAGGACCUGGGCGCACCGACGAAGAGCGAAGUGAUGAUCGCCAUCGCCAUCGCGAGGAACGUCUCAUCGCCCGUGAGCAGGAGAAGCUGUUGAGAGAGAGUAAGGAGUUGGCAGAUUUUGCCCGGUUACAUCCUCCAGGCUGCAGCACUGGUAGUCUGAACUCUAACCUGAUGGUCAUGGGAGGGCCAGCUCUGGCUGGAGCUGGUCGCUGGUCUGCUGAUCCCACCUCACACUUAGCGUCUCAUCCCUGGCUUCCUCGGACUGGAAGUCCCUCCAUGUGGCUGACAGGUCAUCCAUACGGUCUGACUCAUCCGUCUUUACACCAGGGAAUGCCCCCUGGCUUUCACCCCAGUAUUCCCGGCUCAAUCCCCUCAACGUACCAGUUUGCAAGAGACCCGCAGUCUGGCCAGCUGGUGGUGAUCCCGACGGAGCAUUUACCACACUUUGCAGAGUUAAUGGAGCGGCCACUGUGGCCUUCGAUGUACCCGCCGACAGGAAGCUCCCUGCAGCAUGCUCACCAACUCCAGUUACUAUCACAACAGCAGCUCCUGCGGCAGCAUGAGCUCUACAUGCUGCAACAACAGGCGGCCCAUGCCAUGGAGAUCCAACGCAAUGCACAGCUCGUGGAAAGACUGAAAGCGAACGAGCAGAGAAACGAGAUGGAAGACAAAGUGUGCAAGAGAAGCUCUGAGGGAAGCAAGCACAGCCUCGUGACCUCCUCGACGGGGAUUUUACAGAAACGGCUCUCGUCGCAUUCGCCGGUGCCGUCCACGUCCUAUCACAAGACAAGCACACCCCCUCCCUCAUCACAUACCUCAUCACCCAGGAUAAAACUGAAAACUGACGUGAGAGCCGAGAUGGAGGAUCCGUUACCCCCACGGCCUUACCGUUCGCCGUCUCCGGCCUCCCAUCCGCCCAGCCCUCCACACGACUCACCACCACCGGCCCCAGCCCUACCCCAGAAAGUGGAGGCAUCUGAAGAGUCUGAGAAGAAAGGCUUGGAGAAAGAUUCUUCUGCCCCUUUUCAAGCCCUGUUUCCUGAGAUUCCUCAAGGAUAUUCUUAUCGCUCCCUUCCAACUUCUUUUGGCAGCCAUUACCCCUACCUCCUGCAGCCUACUGCUGCAUCUGAUGCUGAUGGUUUGGCAUCUGAUGUACCACUGCCAGAAGCCUCUGAGCCCAGGCCCUGCUCUAUUGCUCCAUCCUCACCUGACGUCAAGCCAAUACACUUGCACCCCCCAGCAGUGCAAGAGGACUUGCGGCCCAGCAUAGCUGCAGAGCCGAUGGAGAUCAAAGUGCAGUGUGAAGAUCUGAUCAAUCUUGAGAACAGCAAGGGCCUGUGUGAUCAACACCUCGAAGGGCAGAGCAAACCUGGGCCGUUUGGUGGAGAAAUGACCAACGAGCCAACUGACCUGACCACAGAACACAAAGCCUCACCUCCCAUAGAGAGCCAGGAAGGCCACCAAAACUGUCAGUCACCUUACCAGACAAUAGCUUGCACUCCUGAUGAGGAAGUAAAAGUUGAACAGGCCAGCUCUCCCCUCGGUGACUAUGAGCCUACAAAGACAAAUUCUGAGGUGGAGAGUUCACAAACCGAGGAAUUGCCAGAGCACACUGAUCACUGUUUUAAAACUGAGCAAGCAGAUACGGAGAGCAACGUUGAAGAUACGUUACAUGCCACACCUUUGAAUACAGCAGAGCAGUUUGAGCUGCAUUUUCAGAUCCCCGAGAAUCACCCACCGGAGAUAAAGCUGGAUGAUCCAAUGGCUGGCAUGAAUGCUCUGGUAGCCGCUGUUGAGCUUCCCCAAGCAUGCUCCUUACCAGUUGAGACAGCCAUGCCCAGUGUCCUCACCAUGCCUUCUGACUUCAGUACAGCAGAAAGCUCCUCCCUCAUUGGCAUUGCGCUGCUCAGUGAGAUUGCUGAACUCGAACUGGAACGUCGCAGAUCAAGUGGCGGCAAUAAACGGCUGGAAGGUGGAGGGAGCCAUUUGGAUUUGGAAAGCCUCCUUGUUGCCAGCACCCAGGCUCUCAUGAUGGACUCCAUGCCUUCGAUGAGCACUGAGAUAUUUGAAGAUACAAAGAGUGGACCGGUGACAAUCAGGCUCCCUCGAGAACUAAAUCCAAACAAGAGGUACAGCUGGAUGCAGAAGAAGGAUGAACCUAUGUUCUCCAUUAAAUCUGCCAUUGAGGGGAUGGAUGCCAUGGAGUUGGAUUACAGGAUGAAGCUGGCAGAACUACAGAGGAGAUACAAGGAGAAACAAAGGGAACUGGCCAAGCUCCAGAAGAGGAGAGACUCAGAAGAAAAACGGGAUGAGAAAAGUAGGAGUUUGUCGCGGAGAGGACCUGGAAGGCCGCGAAAGAGAAAGCAUGGCUCAAGUGCUCCGUCACCGCAUGUUGAUAGAGGGCGAAGUGACAGCAAGAGUGGGAAGCAUGGGAAAGGUUUCUCGCUGUCCGAUGAGAUGGAGAUGGCCGAGGGUGCCAGGAAGAAGGUGAGGACGGCGGCCCAGGAUGAAGACGAUGAGGUGGAAAGCGUGAGUGUGAAAGUGAAAGGGAGAAGUCGCAUGUGGGAUGAGCAAGAUGCAUCUUCAAGCUUUUCACACGAGAGCCACGGCCAGAUUAAGUUCAAGAAGAAGAGAAAGGUCAGUGAACAGGACCAGCUGGCGACCAAGCUACACCAAACCCUCUCGCUAACUAAAUUAAAGUCACCCUUUAAGUUUGCAGAUGGUUCAACAGGGAAGCAGAAAUGUAGCGUCAUGGACAACUGCAGGCACCUGGGCUCCCAUAAAGACUUUCUGGGGAAAGAUGGAAGGAAGGCACUACAUAAAGCCAUCGCCAGCUCACCGAGCAUGCUCCCUUCCAAAGAAAGCAAAAGCAAAAUGGCAGCCAAAGGCAGGAAGUUGGAGUCAUGUUCAAAGUUGAAGGGUAGGCUGAAGACGUCCCAUUCUCCGGCAAGAUCAGAGGUCAGCAGUUACUCCUACAAUACUGACACAGAGGAUGAGGAGGAGCUGGUAAAGGAUGAAUGGCCGCUGCAGUCCACCUCAAGUAUGUCUGAGCGAUCAGGCUCCAAGCCGAAGGCACCUGCUCUCUAUGGCAUAAUAUCAAAGAAAAGCAAGGCUUCACUGGGCACAAAGCAGGCCAAAAGACUAGCGUCUGCCACUGGGACUAUGCGAUCGCAACGAGCGACUGACAAGAAAAAUCUGAAGCACUUUGCCUUGCUAUUGGAGGAAGCCGAGGGUGGAUCUUCCUUCAGUGACAGUUCGGAGGACUCAUUCAAUCAAGAUUACACCUCUGAAGAAGAGGAUUAUAGGAAUGAUUGCAGUGAUGCUCUUUCCUCGCCAGUCCUGGAUGAGAGUGGUCUUGGCCUACUAGCCAGGUUUGCAGCCAGUGCCCUGCCAAGUCCUGUUAUGACUCCGCCAUUAUCAGUUGUCCAGCUUGAGGCCAAGCAGAAAGCCAAGAAGAAGGAAGAAAGGCAGAACUUGAUGGGCACAGAAUUUGAAUACACAGACUCCGAGAGUGAUGUCAAAAUCAAACAGAAACCGGCUGUUUUACCACGACUGAAGAAGUCACUUCCGGAGCAAGGGAGCAGCAUGAGUCUGGUCAACGAGCAGCAAAGCCAGGACAAGCUGAGGGGAGCUGACAAGGUGAGAAAGGCCAAGAAGCCAAAGGAGAAGUCUCCCCGCGAGUUCACCUUUGACUUUGGCCCGGAAGCCAGCGACGACGACCUGUGGAACCGACGAAGGAGCGAGAGGAUUUUUCUCAACGAUGCCAGCGCUUCUGCCGUCCUGACCCCAACAGCCGCUCCCAGCGUGGCCCCAGGUGCCAAAACCAGCCGCUGCCUCAAGAACUCAGCGGUCAGCCCAAAGAAAGAGGCGAACAGAGGAAAGGACAAGAGAAAGAAAGGGAAGGAGCCACUGUCUCCAGGCUUCCCUUCACCCCAGAUACCGAGUAACCUGUCCGAACCCAGGGCCAACCUCCUGCACAGUGCGAGCCCCUGCAAAAAGAACAAAGUAAAAGUGAAAGCAAAGGAUGGAAAAAAGGAGCAGGCACGCUCCAAGGGUGGUGCUGUCAGUAAGCUCAUGGAGAGUAUGGCGGCAGAUGAGGAUUUUGAGCAGAAUCAAGACAGUAGCUUCUCCGAAGAUGAAAACCUACCUUUGAGCAUGCUCAUUGAGCGGCCUUCGACACCAGCUCUUCGCUCGUGCGUGAUUGACAAAGAUGAGCUGAAGGAUGGCCUUCGGGUGCUGAUUCCAAUGGAUGACAAGCUGCUGUACGCUGGAUAUGUGAAAACUGUCCACUCUCCAGAUAUAUAUCGUGUAGUUGUAGAGGGAGAGAGAGGAAACCGUCCUCACAUCUACUCCUUGGAGCAGCUCCUACAGGAAGCGAUCAUUGACGUUAAGCCAUCCUCUGUGAGGUUGUUACCUGAAGGAACCCGAAUUGCUGCCUACUGGAGCCAACAGUACCGCUGCCUGUACCCAGGAACUGUUGUCCGAGCCACAUCCCAAAUCUCCGGUCCUUCCCUUAGCUUUGCUCCUAACCCUCUUACCCCUUCUGCUUCUCCCCUGGCUUUAGGGAGCCCGGACCCUGAUGAAGAUGAGGACCUGAUAACAGUGGAGUUUGAUGAUGGUGAUACUGGACGCAUUCCUCUUUCACACAUACGCCUUCUGCCUCCAGAUUAUAAGAUUCAAUUGUCUGAUUCAGAGACUGGCUUCUUCUUCACAGGUGCAGAGCCAUCCCCAGCUCUGCUGGUGCCCAACACCAAGCGGCAAAGCAGGAAGUCCAGCAAGGAUGCCGUGGACAGCAAAGAGGCUGGUGCCCAGGGCACUGACAACAGCACAGCGAAAAGUAAAGGCCGAGGGAGGAAAACAUCCACCGCCAAAGGGAAAGCUGGAACUGACUCGGUCUCAGAGCAGAUGGAGGUUCCCGGGUCGGCAGAGGGCCAGACUGACAUGGAGGGCCAGAGUAAGCAAGCUGUAAAAGCGACGAGAAAGUGCCUCCCAAAAAGGAGUGGGGUGGGAGCUGCGGCCAAGGCCCCCAGUGAGAGGAAAAAGAAGGUGGCAAAGGUGAAGCUUGUCCCGAAACAAAGCGCGCAACAGCCAGCCACUUUCCCAGCUCCGGUCUUCGGGAACACCCUGGGCCUGGAAACGUACGGUGAACUGUCGGAUCCAUUUUCCACCUCCGAGGGCAUGGGAGCGAAGGCGAAGAAGGGGAAGAAAGCGGAGGAAGAGGCCCAGGAGUUUGGGAACAGCGGGAAAGGACUGAGGAAGCAACUGGAGGCAGAGAUUCUCGUCAAGUUGGACCACGAAGGGGUCAUGUCACCCAAAACGAAGAAGACCAAAGCCAUGAUGAUGGAAGAUCAAAACCUGACAGGAAAGGUGGACAGCAAGGUCAUGCUCAACGUGAGCUACCCUGCAGCAGCUGGGGGCUGUGAGGUGAAGCAGAAACCGUCAAAAAGUAAGGCUGCCAAGAAGGAACCUAAUGCAGGUGCUGCAUUUUCUGGGGGGACUUUUGGCAGCACCGAGCCCAAAGCCAAGACGAAGAACAAAGAGAAGGAAGAUGGCAAUAGCAGUGCAAGCAGCAGCAGCAGUCCCGAAUCCGAGGGGGAGGAAGAUCGGCAGAACGACGACAGAGAAGCUCCGCGGAAUAGCAGCACCGCGAGUUCCAGGGCCUCAUCGCCAGUCUCCUCAUCGUCGUCGUCCCAGUCUUCCUCCUCCAGCUCCUCGUCCUCAUCCUCUUCCUCGUCCAGCUCAUCUUCUUCGUCCUCCACGACCGAUGAAGACUCGUCCUGCAGCUCUGAUGAGGAGGAGGCCGACUUCCAGCCUGCCUCUCCGCCCGGCCCGUCAUCAGGGCAACAGGUGCGCCUGCCCCCUGAGCCCCGACCCCAGCAGCAAGCCCGACGGCAGAAGCAGAAACAGCAGCCCAGUAAGAGCAAGAGCAAACCCAAGAAACGAGAAGGUGUCCACCUGCCAACCACCAAGGAGCUGGCCAAACGGCAGCGGCUGCCAUCAGUGGAGAACAGGCCCAAAAUCGCCGCCUUCCUUCCUGCCAGACAGCUUUGGAAAUGGUUCGGCAAACCCACCCAGAGGAGAGGAAUGAAGGGCAAAGCAAAGAAGCUCUUCUACAAAGCGAUUGUCAGAGGCAAAGAAAUCAUUCGCCUUGGGGACUGUGCUGUCUUUCUGUCUGCCGGCCGCCCCAACCUCCCAUAUAUUGGUAGAAUUCAAAGCAUGUGGGAGUCCUGGGGUAACAACAUGGUGGUGCGAGUCAAAUGGUUCUACCACCCAGAAGAGACCAACCUGGGCAAAAAACUCAACGAUGGCAAGCGUGCUUUGUACCAAUCCUCGCACAUAGACGAAAACGAUGUCCAGACCAUCUCCCACAAGUGCCAGGUGGUCAACCUUGACCAGUACGAGCUGAUGGCCAAGACCAAGAAAUACCAAGACAGUGAGGACUUGUACCACUUGGCUGGAACCUAUGAGCCAACCACAGGCAUGAUCUUCAACACGGAUGGUGUGCCCAUCAUUUGUUAAAGAAUCUAGGAAGGACUGAGUGGCAACAAGAAUCCGAGGCCUUUCCGGGAAAAUCAAGUAAAGAGGGAAUGAAGCAUUGGAACUUCCCAAGAGAAAAAGUAGUGGCAACCAUGGCUUUCCCUCUUCCAGUCCGUAGGUUAUUUUUCUGUUGCCAGAACGGGCCUUCAGCGGUGCAGGGAAAGUUAACUGAUCUGUGUUCGCAACCAGCAAGACUCCCCGCAGACAGGUUUAUGCACUUAAUAGGAGCGAAUAGGAUGAUGUCAUUUUCCUGUCUAGUUGGACUGUUUUUUGGGUCACCAGGACUAUGCUCCCAUGGUGGGCAGCCAAUGCCUGCUGAUUGACAUCACAUUUGAAUACAAGAAGGUCAAAGGCCUCAGUUCUGCUUAAGGCUGAACGGCAUCAUCUGUGUUUUUUUCAAGCAUGUUGACAAAAGAGAAACAAGUUUUAGGACAGUUACUAUAUUAUUGUAUUUUUCUACAGCACAGAAUGAUUACUUCCUUCUCAGCUUCACUUGCUUCAGCUGGGGGCAGGGAAGCACUUUUACGUACAUUUGUCAGAAUGGUCUGCUCACGUCCUGUAUCAAAUAGCUGAAUGGAGUCUUUUCUAAUGGCUGUGGAAUAUGACCUAUCAGAGAUAUGAGAGAGUUAAGCUCUAUUAAUAGCUCGUGAGACCAAUGAACUCUUCCAGGGAUGGACAGUUGUAAAUUCACAGUGAACUCGAACAGUAUUUUGCCAAGGUGACAACUAAGCAAGGAGACAAUAGUGUUGAUGGAGAGCACUUAUUUCACUGCCGAAUGCCUUCUAAGGAGAGGUGAUCACCGACAAUCGAGAGUGAGGAGAGAGAUUUUCACAUUGUAUUUGUGUACAUAGAUACUUAUAUGUGUUGUAUAGACAAUUACAACUAACCUUUGAAUGCCACUCGCAGUUCACUCCAUAUUGGUAUUAACUGCAGAGAUUCAUGUAGGGCCUCUUUUGCAGGGAAAAUAUGCGAACCACUUGCACUUGAAUCCACGUCAGUGGAAUUACAGUAUACUUCAUGUAUUGGGAGCCUAGUGCACUAUGGGAAUAUGUCCUCCUUGAGCAUCUCGCUAGCCACAUUCCCACAGUGCACUGCACCACUGAGCAUCCUUAGUGGAGACAGCCGACCUUUGUGCCCAGAAGUGUUCAAACUACAUCAAAUCCCCCCACCAAAAGGGUUAUUUGUGGCUCAGAAUCGAUUGAAAGUUAGAACGUGUCUAAAGCUAAAUAUUGUAGGAGCUUAUGUUGAGUGACAUCAACAACCAUAAAACACACACUGGUGCCUAAGACCGUUAAUCACAGUCACUUCAUCUUUUGCCGUUACAAAAUUGAGGCAAUGCCUUGAUUUUCAGUGGGAUGCACAGCUAAGAUCAUUCUGGCAACAAAAGCAAACUGUGGGACGAGUUUUUGACACUAGUCACUUCUGACCAGCCCCUUAAUUAAAAAAGAAAGCAAAUUAUUUUGCCAUUCUUUUCAGUGCCCUGCUGCAAAGUGGUCUGAAAUAUUCACCCCAAAACUUGUUAAUUUUCAUUGUGAUGUUAUCUUACUGCAAAAGCUAUAUGGUUUGUUCUUUUUAAUUAUACACAAGGUAUUGGAAAUAGCAGUGGGCCUGACUGUGGGUCUGUAAAAAAGCAAAACUUACUUUCACCUGACACAAAAAAAACCAAACUGUCUCUGAGCUUUCAGAACGUGAGGAGUUCUCAGUCACAUUAUGAGACAGACUGCUUCCUUAAAAUGUAACGCACACUUGUUGCUAUAGCAACCAAUUCUUAUGGUACAACUAUCAUUUUGUUUCAUCACCUUUUAAUUAACCUGUAGAUUCCCAAGGAACUGCAAAUACAAUUUUAAUUAACACUGUGAAAGACAGUCUAGUUUUACAUGGCCAGUGUUUGGUAAUUUAUUGCAGCUCUUCAGAUAGCUUGUGCAACUUCUAUUUUUUUAAAUUUGAAUUCAUCAGUGUUUUGUGGGUUUUGUAAAUGAAAAGCAUGUUGGGUAGCAGAAAUAAAACAAAUUUUCACCGGAAUUUCACUUUGAAUUGGUGAAAUAAUUAGUGAAAUUAUUUUCAGGCAUAAUUCCAAAAUAGAGGAAGAAGGGCUGGGAACGAGAACAUUUUAGCCAGAGGUAUGAUGUCACUGACGCUGAAUGAAUAUAGGACUGCUGAACCAAUACAAUACUGCCUGCUUUGGUCUCCCUCCAAAAUUGAAUUUACCCCAGUGUCUCAUUGAAGUGUUUACUGGGGCCCACAAUGCAUCAUGGUAACCUGUUUCAUUGUUAGACAACUAGCAGGUUUAAAUUGAAGUCCUUCAGUGUCCAAGUAUAAAUCUGUUGUAAGACAUAAUGCACUGAAAGUUAUGUAUUUUGUCAUGCAGCCAGCAAAACCUUUUGAGGAAUUUAAUGUUCUGACGGUGAAACAUAUUGGAAUGACUCUGUUUAACGGUUACUGGGCUGUGAAGUUGGGUUGUUUUGUAUGUAUUAGUUGGGUGUCUGACUCGUGUAAUCCUGGGCUAGUGUCCUCUGGAAGAAAUUGCCCCAAAUGUUUGUGCAUGCUCAACACAGGUACAAAGAACUGUAGUUAUCAGAAAACUGAAAAAAAUGCAAAUUACAUUCAGUCUGUGUCUGAACAAAACCACAGGCCAUAUUUUAAGCUGUAAUCUCUACAUCAGUUGCUGAAUCUCCAGCAUUUACUGGUUAUCUCUCUAUUGCCUGCUUCACCCAAUCAUAUUGGAGUUUUUACUUUGAUAACCAACACUUCCUUUUAAUGAUAGACCCAAACUCAUAAAUUUGUCCUUUUCAGAUUCCGCCAGGAUGACAAAUAACGUAAAGCUAAGGGAUUGGCCAUUCUGAUAAAAUUAUCACUUCACUCCUGGCAUUGUCUGUCUCAAGCCUGUAGCAACAGAUCACACGGCACAGAGGAAGAUUUGCACAAUACCCUUUGUGACAUUACAGCUCCUGUUGAAAAAUAAAUGGAAGCUUAGAAUAGAGUUCAUAACAGAAUCAGGAAUCCACAAUCAGUGGAUAGAGUUGAUACAUUAUGAAUAAUUCCUUGAUUUUGAAGCUCUUGUAAUUAUAUAUUUUUUAAAAUAAAGGAUUCUAAAAAAAGGUCUUACAAUCAGUGAGACUUUAAUGGAUAAGAAUUUUGCAGAACUUUUUGUUUUCCUUUUUAAUUUGCGUUCUUUCUCAUUAGUAUUCCUGCUGUUCAUGUGCUUCCUUGUGGGCACUUGCCCAGAUAGUUUCCUAUAAGUGACAGGAGAAUUCAACGAAGUUUACUUCAUGAUGUUGACAUCAAGGCUCAUCUCAGCACAGGCCAGGACAUAUCCCUCUUAGGCACCAGGCCAAAAACUGUUGGAACUUGUCACUUUUUUGUGAGUGGCAUACUUACGCAUCAGGAAGCUGGCACCUUAACAGCUGCAGGCAACUGCUAAACCAGAAGCAGGCAACCGUUCUAGCAGUACCACCUGUUGGCAUUGAACACAGCUUCAUUCUAAACACUACCCCCACCCAUCAGCUGGAGUGUUUCAAUUUAAACCACCAUUGUCUCCAACAUUGUCUCAGAGCCGUGUUUUUUGGUCAAAGUGUAUGUUCCAUAACUGACUCUUACUACAAUAAGGACACUGCAGAUUACCAUCUGGGAAAGGUGGCUCCAAAUCACCAAACAAAAGGGUCAAUUUAUAAUCUGCCACCUUGUCAGAAAAAAACACUAUUUUUAGAAAUAUGUUAAGAAUAAAGAAUAAGCUAAAUAUUUUGUUCUACAAUGGCAUCAUAAUUUUGAAGAUCAUUUUGCUAAGGUUAAACAAAAAGGUUUGAAUUUCCACGUUUCUUUAGACUGCUGGACGUACCCUUUGUUACUUUAUCCACUAACGAGAUGAGGCUGUCACUCGCUGGGAGGCAUUUAUUGCUGAACAGUUAUAACUGUACGGUUUAGGGUUGAUUGGCAAUUUCUCUGAGACAAGUGACCACAUUUUCCAAAAUGUCUCACUAGCUCUCAGGCACUUUGGGGCGUGGGUGAGAAAUCGAGGAUUUUUCAAAAAUAAGAAUUUUUAUCAGACUUGGAGAUAUCAGAAUGAAGGCAUUUCCCCACUGGAUCUGACCUGAGAGAUACCUGCAGUUCAUUAAGGGGAAAUAACAGACCUUAGCUGAAUGCAAAACUUGUGAUGUCGGCACACGUUUUUUUUUCCCAAGGUAAAAUAUGAUGAGUUAUCCAAAUGCAACUAUAGCCUCUUACUACCACUGAUUUCUAGCAUUGUAUACAGACAUUAACAGGAACAUAGUUCAAAAUGACACUUUAAACCCUUCUAUAACCAGCUCCUGCUAUAAUGUGGAGGAUUGUACCAAUAUUGUUAAAGAGCCACUAUCUCCUUUCCCCCUUUCAAAUAAAAACUCCUCACUUGUAAAAGUGCAAUACUGUUGACUGACUGGAUUCUCUAAAGUAGCUGCUAGUGGAAGAUUAAAGAUUUUUUGUAAUUUUGAUUACCAUGAAAAUAGAAAAACAAAGAGCAGGCAGGAGGCUGGUCCACCUUGAGUCCUUGCUCCAUGAACUUCCUUUAACAGUCAGUGUGUUCUGUUAUGUGUAAAACAGUUUUAAAAAUAAUACAAUAGUUAAAAGGGGUUUAAAAAAUUAUUUUGGAAAUUUAAAAAAAGGCAUCAAAACAUUUUGUAAAUGAGCUGUUGGGGGUGGGGGGGAUCAUGUUUUGAUUCUGUAUAAACAUUUAAUCUUGCGUGUGUAAGGGGAAACACUGAUAGUGUAUAAAACUCACUUAUGUGGAACUUUUUAUUGAUACUUCAGAGUUUUACAAAAU